CUAGGCUAUUUUGUUUCGGAUUCCCAUUCCUCUCAUCGCUGGGAUCUCCAACCAGAAAAACAACCAACAGUACGAGUACCAUACAUUCCCCGGACGGAGGGACCACAAACACCAAUGGCAUCCCAGGAAACGCGACAACGAAAGGGUGGCGCGCCGCCGAAGAGCGGAGAUGCGGGACUUCCCAUGACGAUCACGAAGAGCGCCGGUUCCGCCGCGACGGGUGUCGGUGGCACCGCGAACCACCUGAAACUGGCGAUGGUGAAACCGGUAGUGAAGAUGGCAAAGGUGAAACGAAACAAAUUCGGAACGGGGCCCUUCGACGAGCACUGGCUGAACCUGGACUGCUGCGGUCUGUUCUGCGCGUCCUUCACCUACAUGCUGCACGCGUACGGGGUGUACGCGACCUGCCUGAUCCUGAUCCCCCCCUGGAUGAGCACGGUGGACGAGGACGGCGUGCGGACCAUCAGCGCGAUCGGGCACCUGAACCGCGUCGCCUUCACCCUCGUUGCUCUCCUGGCCGUCUGGGCCCACUUCAAGGCCAUGACGACGAAUCCCGGAGCGGUCCCACCGGACGCCAUUCCGCUGGAAGAAGCGAACAACCCGGACACCGGUGCGAACGGCGAGGGCAAGGGAGACGGGAAGAACUCGUCCCUGAUGGUGGAAGAUUCCGCGCAGCCACCGCCGCGAAAGGGGCGGCGGCUGUGCCGGCGCUGCAACUCGUUCAAACCGAAGCGAGCCCAUCACUGCUCCAUAUGCAAGAGAUGCGUCGUCAAAAUGGAUCGUAAGUGUUUCUUCCCAAGCUUGCUUUUCUUUUCUAGUGCAGCAAGUUGCUGCCAUUGCACGAAUCGGUAUAUGGAUGGUCUUUUGGUCGGCUUUGAAUGCACCUUUUCUGUCCCUGCGUCACUCACGUUCUUCGCUUUGUAUCGUGAAUGCUGUUGAUGCUUGUGAACGGUCUGGCAGAUCACUGUCCCUGGGUAAACAACUGCGUGGGGAUAGGAAACCACAAAUACUUUUUGCUCUUCAUUUUCUACACCUGCUUGUCGUGCGUGUACUCCCUCACUCUGGUGCUCAUGCGAUUCUUUGACUGUAUGGGUCGGCACGGACACAUCCGCACCCACCACAUCACGUGCCUGGAUCGACCUACCCAACUCAUGAACAUUCUUGGGCUGGUCGUCGAGGCCAUCCUGUUUGGACUCUUUACCUGCUGCAUGAUGUUUGACCAGGCCAGUGUCGUGACCACGAACCUAACGCAAAUCGAUCGCCUCAAGGGUGGCAUCGACGGCGGGUCCUCGGGAUUGGCGGGCGCGAUCGAAGUGUUUGGUCUCAAUCCGAAAAAGAACGACACGGGCGGGCGGUUCCGACCGGACUGGUUGUCGCCCUUCCACCACACGUGUUUUCCGUCUUCCCUGCAGGACGAGAUUAUGGGAUUUUGCAGGCCGUGCGGGAGCCGUCGCGGCAACGGAAAGGAUUCCGGGGACACGGAGAUGUCGCCGAUGGUUCGCAACGGUGUUGCGGACAUUGUAUAGCACUCGCGUGCGCCAAAAGUCUAGAACGCAAGUUCGUAUUUUUACACAGUACUGUACAACAUGAUAUGGGUACUCCUCGAAUUAAAACAAUACGUAAAAU